GUCCGUCCUUUGCCACAUCAUUAAUGGAAAAACACCACGAAAGCAGAAGAGACAGUAACGGGAAAGCAGAGCUCUGGCUGAACUGUAAAAGAGCCCUUCUGUCCAUGUUCUGGCCUGCAGCCAGAUGGCAGCUGCAAAGGUGUGUCAGGGAAAAGUGCAGUUAGGAAAAAGUAGUUAGGUCCACUUUAUAAACUCUACAGUGACCCAGACAAAGUCCAUGAAUUACAUUUUGUGGGAGAUUGGGUUGUAAAUUAGAAAAAACAGCUGGUCUGGGUUUGUCUCAAGGACUUUAAGUUGAGCGUUGAAGAUAAAAGACGGACUUUGACAUAGAAGUCAUCAUAUAAAGUGGAGAAGCACCAAAAGGCUGUUCUAUCUAGCCGAGAGAGGAAAAUGGCCAUGUGGAAGACAGUUGGACCUCUGUUCCUACUACUGCAUGCUGUGUUCGGCCAGAGCACCAUCAGAUGGUGCACUGUCUCCGACCAAGAACAAAGGAAAUGUCAGGCUAUGUCCCAGGCUUUCUCUGAAGUCUCCAUCCGUCCCUCCCUCAGCUGCAUCAAGGGGCUCACAGUAGAGGGCUGCAUUAAGAAACUACAGGAUAAAGAAGCCGACGCCUUGUCCAUGUCUGCCCCUAACAUCUACGAGGCCAUGAAGACCACCACUUUCAAAAUGGCUGCAAGCGAAUCAAAGGCUGGUGAUACCAGCUCCUACUAUGCAGUUGCUGUUGUGAAGGCGGCUAACUCUGCCAUAAAGAUCAACAAUCUGGCGGGGAAGAAAAGCUGCCACACAGGGAAAGGGCGGACAGCUGGAUGGAAGAUGCCGUUGGGAUACCUCAUUGACCAGGGUUACAUGUCUGUGAUGAGUUGCAACAUCCCACAGGCUGUAGCAAAUUUCUUCAAAGCGAGCUGUAUCCCAGGCGCAAACCAGGCUGGUGAUCCUCCUUCUCUAUGUGAGCUUUGCAAGGGAGAUGGCAGCGGAAAUCACAAAUGUGAGAUGAGUGAGCAAGAGAUGUACUACAGCUACGAAGGAGCUUUCAGAUGUCUGGCAGAAGAUGCAGGAGAGGUGUCUUUCAUCAAACAUACUACCGUUGGAGAAAACACUGAUGGUAAAGGACCAGCAUGGGCCUUGCCCCUAAAGUCUUCAGAUUAUCAGUUGCUGUGCAGAGAUGGGACCAGAGCUCCUGUCUCUGAUUGGAGUCGGUGCCAUCUAGCUCGUAUCCCCUUUCGCGGCAUUGUGGUUGGCAAAGAUAUUACUCCCUCUGUGGUACUCAACAUGCUGAAUGAUGGUUUGGCAAAGUCAGGCUUCAACAUGUUCUCUUCUGCGGAUUAUGGUGGAGGAACUGUUCUUUUCUCUGAAUCAACGACCAAGUUUGAGGGGGUAGAGUCAGACGACCCAAUAAGGUGGAUGGGCACCAACUAUUACAACGUCAUGAAAGCCACGGAUUGCACACCUGCAGACAUUCCUUCUUCGAUUCGAUGGUGUGUUUUGUCGAGCGCUGAGCAGCAGAAAUGUGGUGAUAUGGGUAAAGCCUUUGCUGACAAAGGUCUGACCCCCAGCAUCCAAUGUAUUUACGGAGACUCUCUGACUGACUGCAUGGCCAAGAUCAAAAACAAUGACGCUGAUGCCAUAACCUUGGAUGGAGGGUACAUUUACACAGCAGGCAAAGACUAUGGUCUGGUUCCUGCUGCAGCCGAGAGCUACACAGAUGACCAUGAUGGUUCCACGUACUAUGCUGUUGCAGUGGUAAAAAAAAGCAGUUAUGACAUCCCUAAUAUUGACAGCUUGCGUGGCCGUCGCUCCUGUCACACUGGCUAUGGUCGCACUGCUGGCUGGAAUAUUCCUGUAUCUACCCUGAUGGAGAAAGGACUUAUUAGCCCCAAAAACUGUCUGAUACCCCAAGCUGUGGGCAAAUUCUUCCAAGAGAGUUGUGUUCCCGGUGCCAAUCAGGAUGGAUUCCCCAGUAACCUGUGUGGUCUGUGUGUGGGAGACAGCUCUGGACAGAAGAAAUGUGAAAAAGGAAUAGAUCUGUAUGAUGGAUAUGAUGGAGCAUUCAGGUGUCUCGCUAGUGGGGAUGGAGACGUGGCUUUUGUCAAACAUUCCACUGUUUUCCAAAACACAGAUGGGAAUUCAAAGGAAAAUUGGGCUAUAGAUCUUUUGUCCAAAGACUUCCAGCUGCUCUGUUCCAAUGGAGCUAAAGCUGAGGUCACAAAUUACAAGCUGUGUAACCUGGCCAGAGUUCCCUCUCAUGCUGUAAUGGUGCGACCAAACACCAACAUCCAUGCCAUCUAUGGACUCCUGGAGCGUGCACAG